AUGGCCUCCGAAGUGUCUGUCCUGACGGUGCAGCUGCCGGCUGAGGCUGCCUCCAAGCAACUUGAUACCCGCCAGUUCACCAAACUGCGCUUCCCACAGCAUCAUCACCAGCAGCAUCACCCGCAGCAUCACCCUCAAUUGCGCCCUGGAGACCGAAGAAACGACCUCCUGCGGCCCUCAGAUAGGAGUCCUCGCAGCCACAGUCCAAGAGGAGACCGGCGCCAUCACCAUGAUCCCUCUGCGCCCAUGACCAGAGUGCGCAGCCGCGAGAACCUCAGCAGCCUGCCUACUCCCCCCGGCACGCCCACGCAGCGCUACUACCGCCCGCGGCUCCAGCACGUCCAGCCCUCAAAGCCAUCUCCUCCCGCCAGUGUCCCGGCUGCGCUCCCUACUCCCCCCAGACCCAUAAGCUACUCCUCCGCGGGCUCCUCGCAGUACUCGGACCAGAACGCCAGCCCGCGCGAGCCCUCCUCGACAUCCAGCUCGCCUCUCUCGCGCACCCCCGUCUCGGCCUCAGAGCUCGAACACCCGCCCUGCUUCACCAACAGCAGUACCGCUGUCCGGCCGAAAAGCAAUUGCUCGACCUCCAACCAGUCCACUUCGUCCUCUACUGCUUCUGCCUCUGCGCCCAAGAAAGUAGAAUACCAUACGCCGCCACUUACAAACUCGCAUUUCUCAUGCUACCAUUUCCACAAGACCUUUGCGCGCUCAAGUAAUGUUCUGUACCCGCUCACCUGCAUGACCUGUCUCAAGGCAGACCAGGAAGUGCGUUGGCGAUGCACCUUCUGCUGUCUGCGCAUUUGCACCGACUGUCUCGGCGGUAUCAAGAGGUGCAAGGACAGAUCGCUCAUCGAGUUCAUGGAGAAGCUGGUCAUGGAUCUCGAGGCUGCCGGCACUACCACCGAAAAAGGAGAGACCUCAGCUGAUACAGUCGAUACUGAACCAGGGCCUGGUCCUGGUCCUGGUCCUGAAGUUGAUGACACUGCUCCCGAACCUGCAAGAGAGGUCCAGGCCUAA